CCUUUUAGACUUGGUUGUGGAGGAGAUGAUUUGACAGGGAUCCCGAAAAUGUACAGCCAAUGUUGGCCUUUUUUGGUUUCUUUUUUAGAAUUAUACUGUCAACCCGAGCGAGAAAUUUGUUUUGAAAAGUAGGAAAAAGUGUAGAUAGUAGGAUAUACGUGCGCAGAAUAUCUACAUUUCCACGAGCGCCCGAAAUAAUUCCCAUUUUGGGUAAGCGACGUCUUGGCACACCGCAACAUCCACUUACAUAAUCUCCAAGCGAACCCACGCCAAGCCUUGACCCGCGCUAGUCUGUUUCCAGCUAGCCGAGUAUUUUCGAUCCCACAACGGCAAACAUUCUCAACGACGAGCAGAACAUCACCUAACCUCCUGUCCGUCAACCAACCCUCGACUACACUCUCCGACAACCCCUCCCCUUUUCAAGCCAAGCGACGAUAUACCCGCCUCGUGCGCCGCAUAUAUCGCCCAUCAUGUCGCUCGUGUCCGGCGAGAAGACGAACUUCCAGUUCAUCCUUCGUCUUCUUAACACCAACGUCGAUGGCAAGCAGAAGAUCAUGUACGCCUUGACAAAGAUCAAGGGUGUUGGCCGUCGCUAUUCCAACCUGGUUUGCAAGAAGGCGGAUGUUGAUUUGACUAAGCGCGCCGGAGAAAUCACCUCCGAAGAACUCGAGCGCAUCGUCACCAUCAUCCAGAACCCAACCCAAUACAAAAUCCCCACCUGGUUCCUCAACAGACAGCGCGACAUCACCGACGGCAAGGACUCUCAGGUCCUCGCUAACCAGAUGGAGUCCAAGCUGCGUGAGGAUCUCGAGCGCCUGAAGAAGAUCCGCGCCCACCGUGGUCUGCGUCACUACUGGGGUCUCAGAGUGCGUGGUCAGCACACCAAGACCACUGGCCGGAGAGGGCGGACUGUUGGUGUCAGCAAGAAAAAGGGUUAAACGGGUGUUUUUUUAUGUUUUUCUCGUUUUUCUUGCCUGUUAUUUUUUUCUUUCUCUUUUGUUGGUUCGGUUUUGGGGGGAUUGUGUGAGGAGAGGAGGUGAGGGAUGUUUGUAAGGGACUGGUCAGUUACAAUGCUUUCUACGGCAUGUACUCCUUGUGUCUUUUAUGCGGCUUAUUUGCUUGCUAGGCACUUAUGGGAAUGAAAUGAGGGUGUUUUUUUUAAUUAUGAAUGGAAGGACAAAAAAAUGAACUCCAAAAUGAUCCAUCAAGAGAUCUUGUAUGAAUCUAAUCCAUCUGUCAGUUUCCUCACCUCACUAUGAGUGAGCCUGUUUUGCGGAAGGAUGAUGCGAUGCAUGUGUAGGGGGUGGGACAAUUGCAAUAGAGAGAGCCAAUGUCCAGGCAGUCACAGCGAGUUUGGGCUAGUACUACUGUGCCUGAUCUGUUUGUCAGCUGCUAUAUCCUUGAUAAGAGCCAGGCCAUUUUAGAUGCUCUCUCUCUCUUUCUCCCUCAUCUCUGCCCUCAACCGUGAAGUUCAAUGUAACAAUGAAUAUUAUAAUUGCCAAAUCCACAUGUAUUAGGCACGCGCGUUCGAAUAUAUAUCUAAGGCGUCAAAUGUAUCUUUGUGACAUCCCUUACAGCUGGCUCUAAUCUACACCAUCAAUUUAAAUCAAUAAAGUUCUACUCUCCCCUAAGAAACAGAUGCAGCCGCCCCGAGACGGGAAAGAAGAUACACAUUCAUAAUGUAUAUGUAUUGUGUUAUUUCUUCUAGUUAUAUUAUACCUAAGUAGCCAGGCGACCGCAUUGCCGCUUUCAUGUGGGAAUGGCUGACUAGAACUGAG